AUGGGGAUAGUUGAUGUCUGUCCCAUGGACAGGGCACCCCAGUGGGCCUGACUUGAGAUGGGACAAUGUUAUGGCAAGAAAUCUGUGGCCCCAGAGCCUGAAACCCCAGAGAGAAGCAGCAUCACACCUGGAAGUUCAGAGUCAGAUAAGCAACAAAGAAACAAAAUAUUGAAAGAGUCCCUGGAAGCUGGACAGAUGACGUUUACUUUGGAACAUCUCAAGGCCUUGGAGGUUUGCCUGAAGGAAGCAGAAGAAAAGUCUAUGGCCUUAUCAGAGCAGCUUUUAGCCUCUGAAGGAACAAAAUCAAAGCUGCUUGAGCAAGUUUCCUGGCUGGAGGAAAAACUAGAGGCUCUGGACCACAAGGAACACAGUGGGGAACCGUUCGAAAAAAUGGUUCUUGAAAGAGACCAGUACAUUGAGAAGUUGCACGCUGAAGUGAAAGCUUCCCAGGAGCAGCUCACAGCCCAUAAACUAAAGCACAAAAGAAAACUGAAAAAGCUACAAACUGAUUUGGCAGCAGCUAAGCAAGAGGCUGCCAUCACAGCCCUGGAGCUCAAUGAGAAGAUAAAGGCUCUAUGUGAAGGAAAGCCAGCCCCUAGAGACGACAACUUACUGGAAGAGUCCUAUGGCAGUCUCCCACCUGUGGAAGAAGGCGAUCGAAAAAUGGGCCUGAUUUUGGAGUUGUCGACCCAGGUUUCCCUUCAGAUGGAGAAGAUAACUCAGCUGGAAGAAGUUUUAGAGGAAAAGGAAAGGAAGAUUCAGCAGCUGGAAGCCGAGCAGGGGGCCCAACUUUCCCAAGAGGUCAAGGACUCUCCAGAAUGUUUACAAGAAGCCCCAGUUGUCUUUAAUAAUAGCAUUACUUCUGUGGUCUCUGAUGAGGAUAUGUAA